GUAAGACAAAGACAAAAGCUAUUUUGACUUGAAAAAAAAAAUUGAUGAAAUCAAAUUCCAUUUUGUUAUUUAUCAACUAAAAAAAACUCCUAGCCAAUGAGAACAGAUGCCAAGAAGAAGAAGGCCUAGGAACUCAUCCAGUCUAGCUCUCGCGUAAUUUGAGAAAAUGAGCAUGGCAGAUAAAUGGAACCAAACUGCUCUAUUAGUCAUUGACAUGCAGAAUGAUUUUAUACUGGAGGAUGGAUUGAUGAAAGUGAAUGGAGGCAAAGCCAUUGUCCCAAAUGUGAUCAAAGCUGUUGAUAUUGCUAGGCAGCGUGGCAUCCUUGUUGUCUGGGUUGUCCGUGAACAUGAUCCACAAGGGAGAGAUGCCGAACUCUUUCGCCGACAUUUGUACUCUCCAGGAAAUGUGGGUCCCACCUCGAAGGGAAGUGUGGGAGCAGAACUGGUUGAUGGUCUUGUAAUCAAAGAAGGGGAUUAUAAGUUGGUGAAGACACGUUUCAGUGCAUUCUUUGCUACUCAUCUUCAUUCAUUUCUGCGUACUGAGGGAAUUAAGAGUUUAGUAAUUUCGGGGGUUCAAACUCCAAAUUGCGUAAGGCAGACUGUCUUUGAUGCGGUAGCUCUGGAUUAUCAACCUGUUACUGUUAUUGUUGAUGCCACCGCUGCUGCUACACCUGACAUACAUGAUGGAUCAAGGAAGGAGGAAAAUAGGAAAGGAAAGGAAGGAAGAGGAAAACCUUGAAUCAGAAAGUACAUUGAGGCAUACAUAAUUAGUUUUAAUUUCCCUUCAUAUUAUCUACUUUGCUAAAUUUUGCAUAACUUGCAACCUUUGAGAUUGUUUUAUAUGUCGAAUAUUAAAUUUCCCUACACAAGUUGGCUCUCCAUUGUUUUUGAAACUGUAGUGAUGAAGUUCGAUGGGGGUCGCAUAUAUAGUUUAAUAUCUACUGCAUUAAGAACUAUACUGUGCAUUGAUGGUUGAAGUUGCUGUUAGCUUUAUCAGAUUUCCUGUCCUAGACUAAGAAUAUGCAUUUUGAAGGCGUUAAGUGUCUUGGAGAUUUUUUGUUCUGGUUCUUGGAGUUUGCUAACUAUGUUGGGGUACGUGUAGGCAAAAAGGCAUUUUUAUCAAGCUUCCUUUGGCAUGAUCGCUUAACUUAUGUCUGAUUUCUGGUGAAUUUGAAUUUCUGUGAAGCCAGUACCAUGAACGGGCUAGCGCAAUAAAUCUGAUCAUUGAAAUUGAAUCUCUCAGCAAGAUGAUGUAAAAAUAGAAUAAAAAUAAAUAUUCCAUGUACCUAUGCUUGAAGUGAUAAACAAAAAGGAUAGGUGAGAAAAUGUAGGGAAAGACUGAAGAUGGUUGCUAUCAGAGUCGUAGAGUUUUGUGAUUCAGGGAUUUAAAAAUGGAACACAGCAGUUAAGGUAAAAGGUAAACGUGAUAGAAAACCAUUAGCAUCACGCUAUGAGGUUCAAGGAACCACUCUUUGAAUAUAUCUCACUUUCAAGAACCAUAAACCAAACAGAUGAAUUUUUCAUUGCUUCAUUGAGAAUUGAAAAAACUCUUCUCUUUGCUGGUUGUUAAUACAAAUCAUAAGCUGAUUUCUGUAACAAUAAUAUUUUCAAAUCAAGGAUGAUCAGGGAUUUUGUCUUUAUUUCAUAUCUUGUACCCUGUGAAGUUAUAAGGAAUUGGAAGUAAAAGAGUAUAUGUGAAGCUCUGAUGUAGUGGCUUAAGCAUAAUGGAUGAAAAGAUGAAAAUAUUUGCCUGAAAUUUAAUGGUGUAUAGGAAUUUGUGUUGAGCUGGGGAGAGAUUAAGACCAUAAAAUAUUUGUUAAUAGUAUUAGGGAGUUUUGAUGAUUUAGGACAGAAAUUGUUAUCUGGCUCAAAAUAUUUUCAAAUGAUCGUGUCACUUCAUAAUAAUCAUCACAAAGCCGGUGUCAUUUUGCUGAGGCUUCCCUUUGAUGAUAUUCACAGCAUCAUUGAUCUCUUAGCUAUAACUAGAUAAAAACUUGCUAUCGCUUUGUCUUGCUUGAAUCUCAAUAAUCCUGCGAUUGAGAAAGGUGGAUCGAUCACUGAACUACAUCUUACUAUCUAUCCUCUCCAAGUGCUGAGAACAGUGAAAAAGCAAUGGAUAAAUGAAAACGUGCAUCAUCAACUCUGUUUUUAUGAUGUGGGCAUUCUUUUCUUGCUAUUUACAACAUUAUCUUUCAUUCUUUCAUGCUAUAUUGCUUUGACAAUUGGCAUUCAUUACUGACAUGGAUCCCCAUUUUUCGAACCAGCCAAUAUUUCUGACAUGAAAAA